AUGUCUCUCCCCGUUUACCAUUACCUCACUCUUGGCCGUCUUGGCCGUGGAGAAGUUGUCAAUCUUUUUUUGAAAGACGCAGGCAUCAAGUUCACGGAAUCGCUUUAUCCUUGGGAUAGCACCUGGCCUGAGAGAAGCUCCAAGUUGAAGGAGCAAGGCAUCUCGAGAACGGGCCUAUUGCCCGCUUUAGAGUAUAAGGGUGUCAUUCUGACACAGCACAUCCCGACUUUGCGCUAUCUUGCUGCAGAUAUCGGUGCCUAUGAUGGAGAGACUCCAUGGGAGAAGUACAUUGUUGAUGCGGUGGCCGAUAUCUACAUCGACUGGAGGUCAAAAUGGGUAGCCAAUCUUAGUAACAAGACGGAGGAGUACAAGAACUCGGUGCCAGGCUACCAUGAAGUUCUCGCCAAGUACUACUCCGACUUCGAGGGCCCUUACCUCUUGGGUGAGAAGAUCACAUAUGCCGAUUUCGCAGUGUACCAGUCUCUUGAUAACGAUAAGCGAACAGGCACUCUUCCGUCUCAAAUCCCCGCGCCCUUGAUCAAAUUGCAGGAGGCGAUGGAGAAGCGACCAAACAUUGCUGAAUAUAUCAAAGCAAAUGCAAACUGA